AAUUCGGAGUUUCGGAGUUUACUCGUCACUUUGUCAACUGUCAACCCUUAAGAAGAUAAAACUUCAAGAAAAUUCAAAAUCAUAAAGUAAAUAGAAGAAUUAUUAUCUUGGAAAUUGUGAUACUACUACUUGAAUAAGACAGAAAUACACUAAAAAAGAAAAAGAGAAAGAAAAAGAUGGUUACCGGACGUGCAUUACAUUUUGUAUUCAAAAUACCCGAUCGUAGAUUAACAAUGAAAUUUUACCGCGAAGUUCUUGGCAUGAAGGUGCUAAGACAUGAGGAAUUUUCAGAUGGAUGCGAGGCUGCGUGUAAUGGACCAUAUGCAAAUCGUUGGAGUAAGACAAUGAUAGGUUAUGGUCCUGAGGACACGCAUUUUGUCAUUGAAUUGACAUAUAAUUAUGGAAUCAAGGAAUAUGAAGCUGGAAACGAUUUUAAAGCUAUCACUAUUUGUUCGAAAGAUAUAAUUGAAAGAGCACGUUCCAAUAAUUGGCCAACGCACGAAGAAAAUGGAAAAUUUGUGAUGCAAGCACCUGGUGGAUACAAAUAUCACAUAAUUAAUGAAGAAAAUCCAACUAAUAGCGAUCCAGUAAAGAAAGUUACUUUAUCCAGUUCCAAUCUUGAACGUACCAUUGCGUAUUGGAAAGAUAUUUUGGGAUUAAAGAUAUUUGAUCGGAAAGAUAAAACUGUAUUGAUGGGCUACAGUGAGGAUCAGGCCAAACUUGAGUUUGAAGAUAUUGGUACUGAGGUUAAUCAUGCAAAAGCAUAUGGACGUAUCGCUUUCUCUGUACCAUUGUCAGAGCAACCAAUGAUUCAGAAAACUAUUAAAGAAAGUGGAAAUAAAAUCUUGACUGAUCUUAUAACUUUAGAUACUCCAGGAAAAGCUUCAGUAAGAGUUAUUAUUCUCGCUGAUCCAGAUGGACAUGAGAUCUGCUUUGUAGAUGAUGAAGGAUUUAGGCAAUUAUCAGUACCAGAUUAUCCAAGCGAAGCAAUUUUGGACAGAUUUAUCCAGAAGGAAGUAUCUGCUACAACAGAUAAUGCAUAAAUAAUUACUUGCUCUUUCAUCUCUUCUACAGUAUUUUUUUAUUUCUAUUUUAAAAAGAUUAAAUAUAUGAAACAUUAGUGGUGAUGGAAUGCUAAUUGCAAGGAGAUUUAUAUUUAAGCAUGAUGCAGAAGAUCUAAGUAAAAAAAUGUAAAUAUGCAAAUAAGAGAAAUUUGUUUUGUUAAAUUUUUUUUUGUAAUAGAUUGUAAAAAAGAUAAAAUAUUAAGUACUUUUAUAUAUGUAUAUAUUUAUACUUAUAUUAUGAUGUUAAAUUAAAUUUUACUGCACAAACAUC